GAACAAUUAGUUUGUGUGCCAGGAGUUGAAAAUCACUGCUCUAUCCAUUUGAAAGAUGUGCAUGGGCUUCUAGUCUGUUCUUUGUGUUUGACGAUAUUUCUUAGAAUUCAUUUCAUGUGGGGCAAGAAACAGAGUAUUUGCACACCAGGAGUUUCAGGAUGGUUCGUGCUAAGAGCUGGACCCUGAAGAAGCACUUUGAAGGCAACCCUACAAAUAGUAACUUUGAGAUGAAGACAGUAGAACUCCCACCCUUAAAAAAUGGAGAGGUCCUGCUGGAAGCUUUGUUCCUCACUGUGGAUCCUUACAUGAGAUUGGCGGCCAAACAAUUAAAGGAGGGUGAUACGAUGAUGGGGCAGCAGGUGGCCAGAGUUGUGGAAAGUAAAAACUCAGCCUUUCCCACAGGAACUGUAGUACUGGCUUCUUCAGGCUGGACGUCACACUCCAUUUCUGAUGGAAAAGACCUAGAGAAGAUGCCGGAAGCGUGGCCAAGCACAUUACCUCUGUCUUUGAUGCUGGGAACACUCGGCAUGACGGGCCUAACAGCCUACUUUGGCCUACUCGACAUCUGUAGUGCAAAAAGUGGAGAAACAGUCUUGGUUAAUGCAGCAGCAGGAGCCGUGGGCUCUGUUGUGGGGCAGAUAGCUAAGAUCAAGGGCUGCAAAGUUGUUGGAGCAGCAGGGUCUGAUGAUAAGGUUGCCUACAUUAAAAAGCUUGGAUUUGACGUUGCCUUUAACUACAAGACAAUAAAGUCUUUGGAAGAAACGUUGAAAAAAGCUUCUCCUGACGGUUAUGAUUGUUAUUUUGAUAAUGUAGGUGGAGAAUUUUCAAACAUUGUUAUCCCCCAAAUGAAGAAAUUUGGAAGAAUUGCUAUAUGUGGGGCCAUCUCUACAUACAAUAGUACUCGCCCACUUCCCCCAGGUCCCUCCCCAGGGGCCAUUAUCUAUCAGGAACUCCGCAUGGAAGGGUUCCUCGUCAGCCGCUGGAAAAAUGACCACCAGAAGGCUCUGAACGAAUUGAUGAAAUGGGUCUCAGAGGGUAAAAUCCAGUACGAGGAAUACGUCACUGAAGGAUUUGAGAACAUGCCAGCUGCAUUUAUGGGAAUGCUGAAAGGAGAUAAUUUGGGGAAAACAAUAGUGAAAGCAUGAAAAAAAAUGACACAUAGAACCUAGGAAUCAUUUGAUUACAUAAUUUCUUUUUAACCAUUUAGUAAAAAUGUAUGCUGCCCUCUUUAAUAAAUAGUGGUUGUUGCCCUAA